AUGGAUAUGAAAGUGCUUAUCGAUGUGUGGGCGAUCGGAAGAGAUAGUGAGUAUUGGGUUGAUGCUGAAAGAUUUUACCCAGAGAGGUUCCUAGAUAGUCCUAUUGAGUUCAAGGGUACUAAUUUUGAGUACAUUCCAUUUGGUGCUAGAAGGAGGAUAUGUCCAGGCAUGACAUUUGGUCUUGCCAAUUUUGACAUCAUGCUUUUGCAGUUGUUGUAUCAUUUUGAUUGGAAACUCCCUGACGGGAAAAAUCCUAAAGACCUUAACAUGACAAAUCUCUUCGGCAUAUCGAUGAGAAGAAAAGAUUAUCUCUACUUGAUUCCUACUCCUUAUCCCUCCUAA